GUUGAUUGUUUGUUUCUGCUGCCCGAGGUUUCAAGAGCAGUGGUAUGUCCCACUAUCCUGAACGCAGCCUCAGUAGAGCGGUCGGCGCCUCUUCAGCUGAAACAGACUUUUCAUUAAAACCUUUAAAAGUUAGUUUUUCUCUUAAAUUAGAACUCAGAUAACGUGAAGAAAUGUCCGGAGACUCAUGGGCUGUUUCUGCGGACGUGCAGGAGGAUUCAACUGCCCCCCAACAGUUGGACUUCCAAAAGAAAGUGGAUUCGUUUCUUCCUGCUGGGAGUAAAGUAACAGACAUUAAUGGAAACAUAGAGCCGGAGACAGAUGAGUCCCUGUGGGGGGGUCCUCCGGGUGACCAUCGGGUGGGUCCUCCAAUGAACCAUGCGGGGGGUCCCCCGCUGGACCUGGCUGAGCAGUCUCUGCUCAACAAGCUGAUCCGGAGGUCUCUGGUCCGGAACAGGAACCAGGUGGAGGUUCUGCAGAGAGACCCCAGCUCCCCCCUGUUCUCCGUCAAGACCUUCGAGGAGCUUCGUCUGAAACCGGAGCUGCUGCGAGGCGUCUACUUUCUGGGCUUCAACCGGCCGUCUCGUAUCCAGGAGAACGCACUGCCCAUGAUGCUGGCCCAGCCUCCUCAGAACCUGAUCGCUCAGUCUCAGUCAGGAACAGGAAAGACGGCAGCCUUCUCUCUUGCCAUGCUGAGCCACGUGACGCCAGAGAACCAGUGGACCCAG